AUUCAUCAUCUAUAGUUCAUUCUGGCAAGUCGGAAAGGAGAUUUAAUCAACUGUAGUAGAAAUUCGGAGUAGCUGUGCUAUUAUUUCUUUGAUUCUUAUUAUUUGAAAAACCCCUCGCAAAUCAACUUCGCCUCACUGUUGUUAGAUAAUUCCUCUGUCAGCUAAACGAGAAAUCUCAGCAUUCAUAUCAAUUCCCAAGAUUGAAAUAAAAAAAGAUACGCCCAUAAACAUGUCAGAUAGCUAUUGCUUGCUUGAUCGAGUCACCGAUUUAAAGACAUAUUUCUAAUGUAGGAAGAAUAGUGUCAAAAUCGAUGGAAACGGAUUUUCUUCUCAUUUAGCAGUAUUCUCUCCAGAGGCCGUUUUACACCUCUAUCUCAUCCUCUCGACGUCACGUGACGUAUUUCGCUCUUUUGAAUUCAUAACCGCGUGUAAUUACUUUCCAGGUCGCCUCAGUGAUGCCAAGUCAUUAAAUGGGAAUUUUCUGGAGAGUCACCACACACACGAAAAAAUAUUCUAUUUGAAUUUGUUGUCCGUAAUUAAUGUUUUGCUCCGGCCUUUAUGAGUUGAUAUUACUGGAAAAUUUGUACAAACCGUUGGUUCGCUCUAGGUCUAUAUUGCAUUACAUCUUGGUCCAUAAUCCGGAUGAAGCCAUGCUACAUUGCAAAACAAAACCGCGUGAGCGGUUGCUUAGAUCCCGAACUUACCGCUACAAUUGCUAGCCGCAAUAUAUGCAGAGAAAAUAUGAAAUUUAAAUGGAAAAUGUUAGCUGUCGGCACGUUAUUUACAGUCGGUGUAUAUUUAAGUGUUCACCAAUCCUAUCAAAUCGACCCAGGGUACUGGAGGUUAAUGGAUGAAGAUAACGUCAUACAACCUAGAGCGCAGAAAUCGGGAGAGGAAAAGAAUUAUGCUGCGAAACAUAGAGGAACAGUGUCAUCACUUACGGCAAAUAAAACUAAAUUACACAAACCGCCAAUUGUUUCAACUGCUGUUUUUCUAAAUUCAUCAAGAAAAGUGUUACCGUGGAUCGACAGAAAUAUAUUCCUUCCAAAUUAUUUUACAACAAAUCUCACAGAGGUAGAAAAGAGUGUCUACAAGAAUUCUGUUAUAAUAUAUCUGCAUCACAACAAAGCUGCUGGUACAACAACGAAGAAGUGCAUGUUAAAAGUUAUUCCAAAAAGCGGAAAGAAACUUGGACCUGUUUUAUCUAGCUCAACUCGUCUAACAGUUAGUCGACGAAUGAGCACAGCCUCAUACCGUGAUAGCUAUAGUGUUUUCAUGGGUGGGUAUGCAUUUGGUUUGUGUGAUGAGAUUCUAAAACCGUGUUCAUAUUUCACUGUCUUCAGAGAUCCGUACCAUAGGUCUAUUUCAAGUUUUUCAUAUUGCAGAAGAGCGAGAAGUGAUCAACUAUGCAGAGCCCAAAGUCCAUGGAAAGUGACAUUAAAAGAAUGGGCAAUACAUCAAGGAAGUUUUCUCUUUCGUCAGUUAUUAUUUCAUCCAAAAUUUUGUAGCGAAUUUAAAAAUAACUUCAAAGCUAGUUUGCUUCCACAUGAUAUCUAUGGAUCCACACCAUGUUGGUUUCGGCAAAAAGUGAUAAUGCUCGAUAUACUUUCGAAGGAUCAGAUAAAUGCAUUAGUAGAUUUUUGCGUGAAUAACCUUGAAAAAUGGUUCGCUGUUGUUGGUUUGACAGAAGAAUACGAUACUUCUUUGGCGAUGAUAGAACAAGUCUACGGUGUUCCGUUCAAAAGUUGUGAAGGUAGCGUCCAGAAUACGAGCGGGCGAUACAAUAAUCUCUCGAAUGUCAAAAAUGAAACUGUUUUGGAUGAACAUUCGCAAAUGGUACAGGAUUUAAUGAACGAUAAGGAGGUUCAGCGUGCACUUUAUGCUGAUUUGAGGUUAUAUAAUAAAAUAAAAGAAAUAUUCAACAAACAGAAAGAAAAAAUGGGCAUUAAAAACAAAUAGUGUUUUAGGAAAUACAGUUUGAAUCGAGUGAUAUUUAGUUUAUUAAAAGGAUGAAUGACCCAACUACCUAGGUUGGUUAUUCAAAUUUUUGAAAGCGUCAAAUUGUAUCCAGUGUCCGUGAUGGUUAUGCAAUUGUGCUGGUUCACUUGUCAUAUUUAAAAUUUAUAGCAAAGUUAUAUGCUUCUAUUUUUCUAUAGUUGUCCUAUUUAAAAAGAACAAAAAUCCGAUUUCAUUGUUUAUUUAUAUGUUUAUUUUAUGUUCUGUCUUUUAAUCGACAGCACAUUCUAAGACCCAGUACUUAUUUCACAAGUGGAUGACACAAAAAAAAAACGAAAUUAAAAUCAUAUGUAUUAAUCAAACGUUAAUAGCCAGUAAAAACUAGGCCUAUAUAAAUUUACAUAUAAAAAAAAGAAUAAAUUUAAUUCCAAUGAACACCCGGGAACAAAUUAACAUGCAGUUGAGGAAGAUUGUGUAUUUGUGAACUCUGACAUCUUAAUCAAGAAGAUGUAUAAUAGUCAUGCUAGCAUAAUGUUUAUAUUUGUUGCUUUUUUACCAUAUUAUCUGUCAACACAGUGUUAGAAUCACGCUUGUUGAUAUAAUUGUGCCUAAGAGUGUACAUACAUUAUAAUUUUCUAGAAGGUUUUCAAUUUAUAAAAAAAAAACAGCCACUUCUAUCCUUUCACAAAACAUUCGGUUUUAGACAACGUGGAGCAUGUUUACAAGAUAUAUACAGUAGUUAAAGCGUUCAUUUAUUUUUUCUAAACAGUUCCUCAAAGAUAUAUCAUCUUUUGGUCUUGCACUACAACAUAGGUCUAGGUCUAUAUAAACCUUCGAGUGGUUAAUGACACGACUUCGUUGACACGCGAGAGGCGCAUACCAUACAUCAUUCACAUGUAAUCACAACGUUGAUGAUAGAACAUAAAUAAAUAUUUGUAUAUCAUAAGUCUUGUCUAAAAUAUAUGAAACGUAAACAAUGGAAUUAUCUUUUAAAAGCAAAGUAUACUUACAAUUAUAUAUAUAUAUAUAUAUAUAUAUAUAUAUAU